AUGUCCGAGCUUUACGCUACCAUCCAGACCCCCACCGUCAAGUACGAACAGCCGCUAGGCUUGUUCAUCAACAAUGAGUUCGUCAAGGGUUCCAGUGGCAAGACCUUCGAGACGAUCAACCCCACCAACGAAAAGGUGAUCACCUCGGUGUACGAGGCGAACGAGAAGGACGUGGACAUUGCCGUGGAGGCCGCCCGCAAGGCAUUCGAGGGCGAGUGGUCGCGAGUGACCCCGACGGAGCGUGGGCGGCUGCUGGUCAAGCUGGCCGACCUGUUCGAGCGUGACUAUGAGACCCUGGUGGCGAUUGAGGUGCUGGACAACGGCAAGCCUCUGAUGCUGGCCAAGGGUGACGUCACCCACUCCAUUGGCUGCCUGCGGUACUACGGCGGCUGGGCCGACAAGGUCCACGGCCAGACCAUCGACACCAACGUCGACACCCUGACCUAUACCCGCCAUGAGCCCAUCGGGGUGUGUGGCCAGAUCAUCCCCUGGAACUUCCCGCUGCAGAUGUGGGCCUGGAAGAUCGCCCCCGCCGUGGCGACGGGCAACACGGUCGUGCUCAAGACCGCCGAGCAGACCCCGCUGUCUGCCCUGUACGCCGCCAAGCUGAUCGUCGAGGCUGGCUUCCCCCCGGGCGUGAUCAACAUCAUCUCGGGCUUCGGUCGCGUCGCGGGCGCCGCCAUCUCGAGCCACAUGGACAUCGACAAGGUCGCCUUCACCGGCUCGACCGCCGUCGGGCGCACCGUCAUGCAGGCGGCGGCCAAGAGCAACCUCAAGAAAGUGACGCUGGAGCUGGGCGGCAAGUCGCCCAACAUUGUCUUUGACGACGCCGACAUCGACAACGCCAUCUCGUGGGCCAACUUUGGCAUCUUCUACAACCACGGCCAGUGCUGCUGCGCCGGCUCGCGCAUCCUGGUCCAGGAGGGCAUCUACGACAAGUUCGUCGCCCGCAUGAAGGAGCGUGCCGGCCAGAACAAGGUCGGCGACCCCUUCCACGACGAGACCUUCCAGGGCCCCCAGGUCUCGCAGCUGCAGUUCGACCGCAUCAUGGGCUACAUCGAGGAGGGCAAGGCCGAGGGCGCCACCGUCGCCAUCGGCGGCGACCGUCACGGCUCCGAGGGCUUCUUCAUCCAGCCCACCGUCUUCACCGACGUCACCCAGGACAUGAAGAUCGCCCAGGAGGAGAUCUUCGGCCCCGUCGUCACCAUCCAGAAGUUCAAGGACGAGGCCGAGGCCAUCCGCAUCGGCAACGGCACCAGCUACGGUCUCGCCGCCGGCAUCCACACCAAGAGCAUCAACACCGCCAUUCGCGUUUCCAACGCUCUGCGGGCUGGUACCGUCUGGGUCAACAACUACAACAUGCUCUCCUACCAGGUACCGUUCGGUGGCUUCAAGGAGUCCGGUAUUGGUCGCGAGCUCGGCUCAUACGCUCUCGAAAACUACACGCAGAUCAAGGCGGUGCACAUCCGCACUGCGGACGCCCUGUUUGGCUAAAAGCGGAGAUGUUUUAUGACUAUGACAAUUAUGAGUUGAUAUGUAUCUACUGACAUGUAUCUUAUUGACAAAUCAAAGAAAAUAUGAAUAAAAACCGGUAGACUGGUAGACUGGUAGACUGGUAGACUGGUAGACUGGUAGACUGGUAGACUGGUAGACUGGUAGACUCGGGAUAUUACUGCCCGAACCCAUGCCUGAACUCGGGCGAGAUAAG